AUGUUAUAUAUGCGGAGAGAGGUAGAGAGAGACACACACACACACAUAGGAGUUGAAGCUAUGGAACAAAAGGGUGCAAGAUUUGGGAGCUCCAUCCUUGUGCCUUGUGUUCAAGAGCUGGCCAAGGAACCACUGGUCACAAUCCCAUCCCGGUACGUGCGGGACGAUCAAGACCCUCCAAUCACACCCUCCACUGCUUCUACCUGCGAUGUACCGAUCAUCGACAUGGAAAACUUACUUAGUGGAGAUCAUACGGAGUUGGAGUUGAAGAAGCUGGAUUCUGCAUGCAAAGAAUGGGGUUUCUUCCAGGUUAUAAGCCAUGGAGUGAGCAGUUCAACAGUGGAGAAAGUAAAGGUUGAGGUUCAAGAAUUCUUCAACCUCCCAAUGGAAGAGAAGAAGAAACUAUGGCAGAAACCAGGAGAAGUUGAGGGAUUUGGACAGGCCUUUGUUGUAUCUGAGGAACAGAAGCUCGACUGGGGAGACUUGUUUUUCUUGAAUACUCUUCCAACCAAUUUGAGGAAACCCCACUUGUUCCCCAAGCUCCCUCUCCCUUUCAGAGAUACCCUGGAAGUUUAUGCGGCUCAGUUGAAACAGCUUGCUAUGAAGAUACUUGAUUUUAUAGCUAAAGCUCUAAAGAUUGAGGCUGGGGAUAUAAGAGAGUUGUUUGAAGAAGGGAUGCAGUCAAUGAGGAUGAAUUACUAUCCACCAUGUCUGCAUCCAGAGUUGGUUCUCGGCCUCACUCCUCACUCUGAUUCUGUUGGCCUCACCAUCCUCCUUCAAGUUAAUGAAAUGGAAGGUCUGCAAAUCAAAAAAGAUGGGAUGUGGGUACCUGUCAAACCCCUACCCGGUGCCUUCGUCGUCAACAUUGGAGACAUUUUGGAGAUUGUGACCAAUGGAGCUUACCGUAGCAUCGAGCAUCGUGCAACUGUAAACUCUGUGAAGGAGAGGCUCUCAAUCGCCACAUUUUACAGCCCAAAAUAUGAUGGAGAAAUGGGUCCUGCACCUAGUUUGAUUACCCGACAAACUCCAGCGGCGUUCAAAAGAGUGGCGGCUGCAGAUUACUUCAAAGGUCUCUUUGCUCGCGAGCUCAAUGGGAAAUCAUACCUAGAUGUGAUGAGGAUUAACAAUGAGGAAAGCAACAGCUGUUGAAACUAGUAGAGGUCAUGCUGCUGAAACCUAUAUUAUCUUUUGAUUGUUACAUAAUAAGCUGUAAGGAGUUCUGUAACCAGAUGAACGCCCACAUUCAGUGUCUGUAUUUGUAUCUUUCUUCUGUUUUCCAGCAAGUACACCAGCUUCAACCACUUCUCCACUUUUGGAUAUCUACCAACACCCCUUGUUAUGUUUUAGUCAACUCAAGAAACUAUGUUUCUAACUAGUUGGAUGCAUGAGAUGAAACCCAAAUUUAUUUUUCUUUAGUUGGAUA